AUGGCAGAGUGGUUUUGUCAGCUUGGGAUGGACAGCGAGGAUGCAAAGAAACACAUAGGCACCGGAAAAGUGAUACCAUGGAUAGGAGACCAGAUGACAGUGGAGAGGCUGCAUGGCUUAUACAAGUACCGACAUGAGGACUUCAACUCCUUUGACCGCAUGGACUAUUUGAUUCCUGUCUUUGGCUGGUUUCAUCUGCAGAUGGCGUUUGCAAACUCGCUACACAAACAGUACCUUGGAAUCUUUCGACUUACUGCAACACAAGGGACUGCACAAAUCAGAAAUGAAAGGUCCUUUUUGGCAUCACCUUCACAAAGCGCUUCAUCACAUCACGAACUCAAAUCCAAGUCUCCAACUGAAAUCCUCACCCUUGCAACAACACUUGUUGAUGAACAUGCCUCACAUCAUGCGAUUGCAAAGCUGAACCAUCUUGAUGAAAAGGACCGCAAUGCUGUUCUGACACAGUGGACUAUGUUCAAUGUAGACAUGGGCGAUAUCAGGAGGAUGGAAGACGUGUUGCCAACCCUAUUGUUCCGUUUUGCAGGCGGCGGAAACUCCAAAUACACCAUUGAGAUCCUCGAAUUAAACCAUGUAUGCCAGCAUUGCUGGCUUAUCAAUCGAUCAGGAUGUCCAGAUGGGUGGACACCUAUUGACAAAGGACAGGAGCAAAAUAUUGGCGACAUUAAGGUCACAUAUCACUUGUUUGGCCCAGGAGCAACUUGGACAUACCUCCAUAAAAUAUCCCCUGCAAUCCCAACACUACGUGCAUUGCAGCGGCAUAUGGAAAGCAAAUUCAAAACAAUCACACGAGGCGCAUAUCAUGGGAUCCCUGACAAGGAGGCUGAUGUCACCAAACUUACAGAUCAAUACAUCAAGUCAAACCUUCAUGUUCACGAACCAGGACGGCAGAUUAAGGCUACCGCGAAAAACAAAGCUGAGGAUUUUGUGACUACGGGCGCAAUUGACAUUGAGCGCCUGGGAAUGUUUGAUAACUGGUGGCGCAAUCAUGCAUACAAGAGGUCAACUGAUGAGGAAUGGGAUGAUAUUGGCAGAGGCUAG